AUGUCACCUCCAUAUGAUAGGGUACAGCUUACAGAUCUCGUCAUCGCUGCCAACGGCGGCUUGAAGCAAUGGUCGGAAAUAGAAAGUAUCGAGGCUCAUUUCAAUCUGUUAGGCGCCGCCUUCACCGGAAAGGGAAUCUCAGAAAACCGUUUCCCAACAACCAUCGCUUCGACAAAGAAACAAACACAAACACAAGCAGAUGAAGAAUGGAUCUACACACCGGAUCAGGUGUGGAAGCAGAAGCCCAACGGGGAGGUGAUUGAGUUCCGCGACCAACCUCGAAAAGCCUCUGAAGGUCAUACUCGAGAGACACCCUGGGAUGAUCUUCACCUGCUAUACUUUGUUGGCUAUGCGAUGUGGCGGUAUGUCAAUUUUCCGUUCCUCCUCGUCCAAGAUGGAGUGGAGACCGAUGAGCUCGAACCACACACCAACCCGGAAGAUCAGACGUGGCGAGUUCUGGAGGCAACGUUUCACGAAUCCUCGAGUCUUGCAGUCCAUUGUCAGGCGCAGAAGUACUACUUCGACGACAAAUUGGUGCUUCAGCGACAUGACUAUGCCCCUGAUGUUGUCGGAGGCGUAGAUGCAACGCAUUAUGCCUUUGACAAUGUCUCGCUGGCCGCUAUACAAUUUGCAACAUUGCGGAGGGUUGUCAUUUGUUUUACUGGUGUAUCACCGAAUUAG